UAACGCCCGGUAGGGGCGGGGGGGGCGCGGGGGGAACCGGGAGGAGCCGGAGGCACCGGGAGCCGGGGGGGUGUCCGGGAAGGGGCGCUGGGGACCCAGCGGGGCCGUGCCCAGGAUGCUGCUGCGCUCCUGGCGCUCGCUGUUCACGGGCCGGCUGCUGCUCCUCACCAACACCGUCAGCUGCGGGGGGCUGCUGGCUGCCGGGGACUGCCUGCACCAGGAGUGGCACCGCCGCAAGCACCCCCAGAGCCAGCUGCAGCUGGGACGCACUGGCAGGAUGUUUGUGGUGGGCUGCAGCCUGGGCCCCCUGAUGCAUUUCUGGUACCUGUGGCUGGACCGAGCCUUCCCGGCGCGGGGCGUGCGCUGCCUGCGCACCGUGCUCAAGAAGGUGCUGAUAGAUCAGCUGGUGGCAUCGCCCACCAUGGGAGCCUGGUACUUCAUGGCCAUCGGCACCCUGGAGGGCCAAUCUCUGCGGGAGAGCUGGGACGAGCUGAAGGAGAAAUUUUGGGAAUUGUACAAGGCCGACUGGAGCGUGUGGCCGGCGGCGCAGAUCCUCAACUUCCUCUUCGUGCCACCCCCGUACCGCGUGGCCUAUGUCAACGUGGUGACCCUGGGCUGGGACACCUACCUGUCCUACCUCAAACACCGGCCCCCCAGCCCCGGGCAGAGCCAGGAGCCGCCGCGGCAGAGCCAGAGCAGCGCCGGGGCCUAGAGAGGCACGAGGCCAUCCCAGAGCACCCUGCAGAUGGACUCAGAUGGAUUCCCAUGGAUUUCUGGGCUUGGUGCAGCGCCCCAGCUGAGGGAGGGCACGGCCAGAGCCAGCCCCACCACGUGCCUGCUGCUGAUUAACUCAUCUGCUAAUUACAGCCCCGGCUCGGGGUUGUAACAAUCUCUUGUGGCAGGAGAAGCUGUGAAGUGAUUUCUUCUGGGAUUUGCCCGCAGAGCCCGGGGUGAGGAGGAGCUGCUGCAGCCCCUGGGAAGGGGCCUGGCUGGAUUUGUUCCCUUGCUGCUCCUCCAGCCACCUGGAUCCCCACCAAGUAGAAAUUGGGAAGGAAUUCUUCCCGGUGAGGGCUGGAAUGGAAUUCCCAGAGCAGCUGUGGCUGCCCCUGGAUCCCGGCUGGAGCAGCCUGGGAUGGUGGAAGAGGUGGGAAGGGAUGGGAUUGAAGGUCAUUCCAACCCAAACCCGCUCUGGCUGCUCCUCACUCCUUCCCCUCCUGCUUUUCCUCUCCCAGCUCAGGGAUAAAAUCACAAGGAUAAAUUCACUCCACUCCCCCCCGAGCUGCCUCAGCUCCCGAUUCCCCCCCGGCUCGGGCGGGGGCUGCAGCCACCUGGAUCCUCUAUAAAUAGGGAUGUGAUUGCAGCCACCAGCUCUGCAGAGCUCGGGAGGCAGGAGAAGGGGUUGGAGCCAAAUUUGGGCAGGGUUUGGGCCACCCCAUCCCUCUGCUCCCAGCCCUGGGCUAGCUGGACACUCCCUGCAUAACCCCCGAGAGCUGAAUUAUUUCCAGUGUCAAUGAGAAUUGCCUGAAUGGGGUUUUUUUGGGGUUUUUAAUUUGAUUUUUUAAAGCUGUGCCUUAAUGCUCUGCCCCGGUCCCUGCUGUCACAUACCCAGGGGGGACUCAGCUCCUCCCUCAGCAGCAGCAGGAGCCAUUUGGGGGAUGAUAAUUUAACAAAAAAAAAAAUCUGAUUAAUUUUGCUCCUCUCUCCGGUAACUCAGGGACCCCCGAGGAACUUCUGAUCAGCAUUGGUUUAUUUCUUCACAACAUUUCUUUUAAUACAGUGAUUUUUAGGAAA